CCAGCUGAAGAAGGAAAAUCACUUCUGGAGCUAAUAUUGGAGCAGUUUGAAGAUCUCCUAGUACGCAUCCUUCUCUUGGCUGCUUUUGUUUCCUUUAUUCUGGCCUGGUUUGAGGAAGGAGAAGAAACCACCACAGCCUUUGUGGAGCCUGUUGUAAUUAUUAUGAUCCUCAUAGCCAAUGCAGUGGUAGGAGUUUGGCAGGAGAGGAAUGCUGAGAGUGCAAUUGAGGCCCUAAAAGAAUAUGAACCAGAAAUGGGGAAGGUGAUCAGAGCAGACAGGAACGGAGUGCAGCGGAUCCGAGCUCGAGACAUCGUCCCAGGAGAUAUUGUGGAGGUAGCAGUUGGUGACAAAGUGCCUGCUGACAUCCGAAUCAUUGAGAUCAAGUCCACAACAUUGAGGGUAGAUCAAUCCAUUCUUACAGGUGAAUCUGUCUCCAUCAUUAAACAUACUGAUCCAAUUCCAGACCCAAGAGCUGUUAACCAAGAUAAAAAGAACAUGCUUUUUUCUGGAACUAACAUUGCUGCAGGCAAAGCUGUUGGUGUUGUCAUUGCCACUGGAGUGUACACAGAGAUUGGGAAAAUCAGGAAUCAGAUGGUGGCCACAGAGCCCGAGAAGACCCCUCUGCAACAGAAGCUGGAUGAAUUCAGCCAGCAGCUUUCCAAGGUCAUCUCCCUUGUCUGCAUUGCAGUCUGGGUCAUCAACAUCAGCCACUUCAGUGACCCCGUGCAUGGUGGCUCCUGGUUUCGUGGUGCCAUUUACUAUUUCAAGAUCGCUGUGGCUUUGGCAGUGGCUGCCAUCCCUGAAGGACUUCCUGCAGUUAUCACCACUUGCCUGGCAUUGGGCACUCGCCGGAUGGCCAAAAAGAAUGCCAUUGUCAGGAGCCUCCCCUCUGUGGAAACCCUAGGAUGUACUUCAGUCAUUUGCUCUGACAAGACAGGCACGUUGACAACCAACCAGAUGUCCGUCUUCAGGAUGUUCGUUGUGGAGAAGAUUGAGGACAGUCACUGCAGCUUGCACGAGUUCACCAUCACUGGGUCCACCUACACCCCUGAGGGACAAAUCUUAAAGAAUGAUCACCCUGUUAAGUGUGGGGAAUUUGAUGGCCUAGUGGAACUUGCAACUAUUUGUGCUCUUUGCAAUGAUUCCUCGCUGGAUUAUAAUGAGUCCAAGAAAGUUUAUGAAAAGGUGGGAGAAGCGACAGAAACAGCCUUGACCUGUCUUGUAGAGAAGAUGAAUGUUUUCAACACAGAUACCAGCAGUUUCUCCAAUGUAGAAAGAGCCAGUGCCUGCAAUACCGUGAUCAAAAAGCUGAUGAAGAAGGAAUGCACCCUUGAAUUUUCCCGCGACCGCAAGUCCAUGUCUGUGUAUUGCACACCUGUGGCCUCCAGUCACAAUUCCUCGAGCAGCAAGCUCUUUGUCAAGGGCGCUCCGGAAAGUGUCAUUGAGCGCUGCAGUUAUGUUCGUGUUGGCGCAAACCAAGUCCCUUUGACUUCUUCCAUCAAAGAGAAGAUCCUCUCCAAGAUUCGGGAAUGGGGUACCGGCAUCGACACUCUACGCUGCCUCGCCUUGGCCACGAGAGACCAUCCACCUCGGAAAGAGGACAUGCAUCUGGAUGACGCCAGCCAGUUUGUUAACUAUGAAACUAAGUUGACCUUUGUUGGCUGCGUGGGAAUGCUGGACCCUCCUCGGAAGGAAGUGGUGUCCUCUAUUGAAAUGUGCAAGAAAGCGGGCAUCCGUGUCAUCAUGAUCACCGGAGACAACAAAGGAACAGCGGUGGCUAUCUGCCGGAGGAUUGGGAUCUUCUCAGAGAAUGAGGAGGUGACCGACAAAGCCUACACGGGCAGAGAAUUUGACGAUCUCUCACCAGAGGCCCAAAGCAAUGCCUGCCGUUCAGCUCGAUGCUUUGCCCGGGUAGAGCCUGCCCAUAAGUCCAAGAUAGUUGAAUACUUACAAUCAUUCAAUGAAAUCACAGCGAUGACUGGUGACGGAGUGAACGAUGCCCCUGCUCUGAAGAAAGCUGAAAUUGGUAUUGCAAUGGGCUCUGGAACAGCAGUGGCCAAAUCGGCUGCAGAGAUGGUUUUGUCAGAUGAUAAUUUUUCUACCAUUGUGGCUGCUGUGGAGGAAGGCAGAGCUAUUUACAACAAUAUGAAGCAGUUCAUCCGCUACCUCAUUUCUUCUAAUGUUGGAGAAGUCGUUUGCAUCUUCCUGACGGCCAUCCUGGGCCUUCCUGAAGCUUUGAUCCCGGUCCAGUUGCUUUGGGUGAACUUGGUGACUGAUGGACUGCCGGCUACGGCCCUUGGCUUUAAUCCUCCUGACCUUGACAUCAUGGAUAAAUUGCCCCGGAACCCUAGAGAACCUCUCAUUAGUGGAUGGUUGUUCUUCCGCUACCUUGCAAUUGGAGUUUAUGUUGGGUUUGCAACUGUAGGUGCAGCUACUUGGUGGUUCUUGUACGAUGCGGAAGGACCUCAAGUUACCUUUCACCAACUGAGGAACUUCAUGAGAUGCACAGAAGACAACCCCAUCUUUGAAGGCAUUGAUUGUGAAAUCUUCGAAUCCCGUUAUCCAACCACCAUGGCACUCUCAGUCCUGGUGACAAUUGAGAUGUGCAACGCACUAAACAGUGUCUCUGAAAACCAGUCGCUGCUCAGGAUGCCUCCCUGGCUGAACAUCUGGCUCCUGGGAGCCAUUAUCAUGUCUAUGGCUCUGCAUUUCCUGAUUCUGUACGUGAAGCCAUUGCCUCUGAUCUUUCAGGUGACCCCACUUAGCUGGCAUCAAUGGGAGACUGUGCUGCAAAUCUCUUUGCCAGUUAUCCUGCUGGAUGAAGGCUUGAAGUAUCUCUCCCGUAAUCAUUUAGAUGGCAAAGAGAUCAAGGAAUGACCAGCACAAAACAAACUCAGUUUCUCCGCAAAAUGAAUCAUAAACUCUUACCUGGGACUAAAGAAAUUGCAUGCUUGCAUUUCCAAAAGACAUCAAGGAAUAUGCAUGUUUUUGAAGUCUCUGACUUAAUGCGGGUGAAUUGUCAAAAGAAAUGAAAAACUGAUAAUUUUUGUUUUGUUUUUAUUUUUACUUUUGUUAUGUAUCUGGAUUUUUUUUCCUGUAUAUAGUUGUGCAAAUACUGGACAGUUAAAUUAUGGCUGGGGAGGGAGGAUAAAGUUUGCUCUUUAAUGGAGGCAAACCUUUAGAACCUUCUGCUUCUGAAGAUUUAAUUCCUUUUUUUUUAACUGCAUUUUUCUCUUGAAACAAAUUGUUUCUGAGACAUUCUGUGGUUCCUGUCAGAAGUAACCGCUGGUGGGAUGAAUCUAUCCUUCACCAACAAGACCCUCUUUGACAUAGUCCUGUCAAGUUUUAUAGGAGAUAGAAAAUACCACAUGGUUUGAGGUAGCCUAUCGGAUUUUUUUGAAAAAUAUGUUUGACCACCCAAUUGGCUACUGUAUAUUCAUCAUAUCUUACUGGAGACUGGCUGCGGAAAUCAUGCUUGGCUUUGCGUAGAGGCCUACAUUCUAGAAUUCGAAGAUGGCUACAAUGCUUGUGCUUGCAGGCAUAUGACAAAGAGGGCAGAAAAGUUCAAUAUAACCAUCUACUUCUGCUAUGUUUUGUUCUUGUGGGAAACUUUUUCGCCACCAUUUUUUUUCAGAGCUUUAUUGUAUGGAGGAGGAUCUCCGGCUUCUUCUAGACCAGAAAGCUGAAUUCAUCAGUAAAGAUUCAGUGUGGAAAGCUGGUAUUUUGAAAGAAAGAUUCCAGUCUGGCCAUUUCUCUCUGUCAAUUCUUUGUUCAUAGAAACCCCACUUUGUAUAUAAGAUAUUGCCCUGGGACAGAUCUAUCUAUGUUUGCGUGACUGUAGACCAUAAAUAUAUGGAGAUGUCUCAUUAGAA